AUGACUGUUAAUUUUCUAUACACCAUGAUGCAGUCGCUGCCAAACGAGCUGCUGGCUCAGAUCGCCUCGCAUCUCGCAGACCAAGCCCCAUCAAUCACCAAAUUCCACCACGAGCCGUCUUCGCAAUUAACGAACUCUGAUUCUAUACCCCUAAAGACCCUCUCCCUAGUGUCAUGGAGGUGGAGAAAGGUUGUGCUUCCGAUUCUUUUCCAAUACGCCCGUAUAGCACUGGACAAGGAAGCACUAUGGGUACCAAUGGAUGCGCGCCUCGUCGAUAGCAUGCAGGGAGAGCUAUCCAAGUUGAGUAACCACGAGUUCAUGAUCUACACAAAACUUCGCAGCAAAUUCAAGAGUACCUCUGGAUCUGCUUUCGAGCCGGCUAUGGACGACGUGCUUAUCCAACUGUGUCGCAUUCAGGACGGAGACGAAUUUCUCAAGGCGACACUGCGAGCUGCGUGGAUCCCGCAUCUUUCAACGGAUUUCGACAAAUUCACGCAAUUUGUCAGGCAGAAUGAUUUGAAACGCCACAUCAAGAGCUUGGUGGUGCAUACAGAUCAAGAAUACAACCUGUGGCAUGUAUCCACCGCUCACGACCACAUGCUGAGCUCAGUCACCGAUAUUUGGACAAAGACGUUUUCGUGUCUAAACCCUACACGUAUCGUUGUCGCUGCACCACCAAAAACCAUGGCCGCGCUGGUGGAUUCAGCCAUGGGCACCAACGACAACUGGGCUUUCGAGAUGAAGAUUCACUACAUCGAGCUUCUCCAGAAAGAGCCUCCACUUGACAAGACUCCGGAUAGCGAACCCCGGUAUUCUAGCUGCCAACUCCUACGACAAAGACCCUGGCACCACCUCGGCUACAACGAAGGCUCUUCCAUAACCGUAUACAGCACCUACGAAUUCCAUCUCAUGGUGCCGCCCCGCAUCCUCGAACUCCUCCUCUACCGUAUUGCCAGCUUUGCCAAGAAAACGGAAUUCUGCCGCCACUUUACAUCGUUUAGCUUCACUGCUGUCUUCCCCCUGCUAUCAGGCCUCACACCCAUACUGUGCGGCAUGCACAUGAUCCCGUCCAUCACCAAAGCCGCCUUCCAGCUCGCCCCCGGCCCCGAAAACGACCUCCUCAGCGACGCGAGUAAGCGGCGUAAAGCCCAGUCUUCGGACUUCUGGUCCGAGUGGCGCAUGGGAUAUAAACAGAUUGGUGAUUUUGAGUUCUUUAGGCAGGGGAAGAUGGGGGGCGCGAAGAGUGCGUGUAAGACGUUGAUGGAGAUUGUGAGUAGGGACUGUUAUACGGGACAGUUGAAUGAUGAGGUUACGGAGGCUGUGGAGGGGGGUUUGGAGAAGGAUGUGUUUGGGUGGAAGGGGGAUGGGGUGGGGAGAUGGGUUAGGGAUAUGGAGGAGGGGGAGCACCGAAUAUAG